UCCCCUCAGGAGUCCCCUAUUUUGGGGUCCCUGAGGAGUUUUCCUACAGUCGCUCUUCACCCGAUCGAUCAGCAGCAGCAAAUCCCCCUGAAGACUUCUCACUGAGUUCUAGGGUUUCCUCGCUAUCCUGCACUCCCGCGCGUCCGCUGACCACCUCGACUUCGUUUCCUCCUCACGUCGACUCCCCCGUCCGCCGCGCCUCUCCUUCACUUCCUCUCGUCCGACAAGUUCGUCGAUUUAAAGGCCAUCCCCUCUAGUAUCCUGUGAUUUGGGGGCCUUGUUGUCUCGGUUGAUCUUUGAAAGUGGUUGAAAAUUCUACAUCUUUACUGGAUAAGAUUUAUGGGGGAGAACUGGUUGAACUUCGGAAGGAAAGUCGAUGGGAAUUUCUGAAUACUCUCUUCUCUGUGUUAGAAGCUGUAAUGUAUAUGCAGAUGGUUGACAGAUUGGAUCAAGGAGCUAUAUCAUCUGAACUUGGACCAUUUGACUAUAAAGGGCUUUUCAAGGCUGUUUCUAAAGCCCUUUUCAGAGCUCAUGUUGAAGGCCAACUUAAGAGUGAGAUAAUGGCUGAACCAGAAUGGUUUGUCAAGCCUGACACAGAGCUCCCUUUCGCUCUUUUGAACCAAAAAGAGGCUGGGAAGAGGUUGCUAUUAAUUACCAACUCAGACUAUCAUUACACGAAUAAGAUGAUGCAUUAUGCCUUCAAUAGGUUUCUUCCUAAUGAUAUGACAUGGCGUGACCUUUUUGACAUAACAUUUCACAGGUCAUUGUCUCAGCAAGAAAGCCUGAAUUUUUUCCAAGUGUUGCACCCUUUGUAUGAAGUAGUACAGAUGAUGGACUAAUGCGUCCCAGCUUUAAGGCAUGUUCGGGUGGUACAUUCUGGCUUUUGUGAAAUUGUAUUCUUGUUGCUAGAUCAUUACAAUACAGUUUCGGCAAAUAAUGGAAAACGACCUUCUCUGAAGGUAUGAAAAUGAAAGUUGUUCGCUCUUUUACAAGAAGCAUACGAGCCUGUAGAUGCUAAAUGGACUACUGAACGAUGUGCUGUCUGCCGAUGGGUUCGAGGACUGGGAUUACAACAUAAUUUUUUAUUUGUAACAGCCACUCCAUAUUAUUGUUCUAAUCCAAGACUUAUUUGCUAAUGCAUUCACUUAUGAUUGUCUACACUUGCACCCUAUAAAUAUGUGUGGACUUUUGCUAA